AUGGCGGUUCGCGUGCGCUUUGCACCCAGCCCCACAGGCUUUCUGCACUUGGGCGGUGUGCGCACGGCCUUGUUCAACUAUCUUUUUGCGCGCAAACAUGGUGGCAAAUUUAUUCUGCGCCUCGAGGACACGGACCGCACUCGGUUGCAGCCCGAGGCUGUGCAGCGUAUCCAGGACGAUCUGGCUUGGCUGGGCAUGACCGUGGACGAAGGGCCAAGCACUCCUCUCCAGCAAGCCAAUUUUCGCAACCCAGCGCACGCUGCUUAUGUUCAGUCACAGCGCCUUCCUCUCUACCAAGAGGCCGCUGAUGCCCUUUUGCAUGAAGGGCAUGCCUAUCGUUGCUUCUGCAGUGCUGAUCGCCUCGAGGCCCUUCGUGUGUCAGCCUAUCGCCAGGGACUGCCCACAAGUUACGACCGUCUUUGCCGAAGCUUGCCCCGCGCUGAAGCCGAGGAUGGUGUACCGCAUACUAUCCGGUUUGCCAUGCCCACGCAGGGCGAGACGCGUUUUCAAGACCUUGUGUACGGUGACCUGGCCUUUCGCAACGAGCAAAUUGACGAUCAGGUCCUGAUCAAAUCGGACGGCUUCCCCACGUAUCAUCUUGCCAACGUCGUUGAUGACUACGAUAUGCGCAUUUCACACGUCCUCCGGGGCGAGGAAUGGCUCUCCUCAACAGCCAAACACGUCAAUCUCUACCACGCUCUGGGCUUUGAGCCACCCGCCUUUGUACACCUCCCACUCCUCAUCAACCCCGACCGCACCAAGCUCUCCAAGCGGUCUGGCUCGCUGUUUGUGUCGCAAAUUCAGGACAUGGGCAUCUUGCCUUCGGCCCUCAACAACUUUGUCAUGCUGCUGGGCUGGUCGGCAAGUGAGGAGCACGCUGAAGCCACCAACCAUGCUGAUUAUCUGACCAUGGAGGCCUUGACAGAGGUGUUUGACAUUGGCCAGCUCAACAAGUCGGCUGCCGUUGUGGCGAUGGAGCGUCUCCAUUACAUCAACAAGCGUCACCUCCACUUGGUUGAGCCCCAGGGCGCCCAAUUUGAUCUCAUCUUAGACUACGCACGCCAGCGCCUUGAGCGACAGCCCUGGUUCAACUCGGACAACACGCCGACUCAUCGUCUAGCUCACCUUGUAGCUCAGCUCAAGCCAUCCUUUGAUUCGGUGGAUGACUUGGUGGCUGGCCUUGAAUUCUUUUUUGUUCGACCGCCGGCACCCACACUGGCCGAGGCUCCGUUUCGUGGCAUUACCGCCAUGACUGCACAGUUGCGAGAAUUGCCUGACUGGCAGCCUGAGGCCAUCAAGGGGGCCUGCUUACAUGCCCUAGAAGAAGCCAAGGUGGGUCGCAAAAAAGCAUUCCCUGCCUUGCGGCAAGUGCUGGUCAAUGGGCAACACGGGCCCCCGUUGUAUCCAACUAUGGCGCUUCUCGGUCGGGAUGAGAGCCUGGCUCGGCUUGAGCAGGCUCAGCAAGGCGAUGCCUGAAGCAAGCGUCUGCGUCGCCUUUAGAAGUUUAUUGGGCGGAUGUGUGCAGGGCUGGUUGUGGCAACUUUAUAUGAAUUAGAUUUUAC